CUCUCUCUCUCACUCAAACGCACACACAUACACUCACACACACACACGUAGGAGAGAGAGUUGCAGAGGCGUAGAUACAAACAGCGAGGAGCUGGUGGACAGACAGAUCAGUGUGCAGAGAAGUUUGGUUUUAAGAUUUUUCAUUAGAAAGUGCAACUCGUCCGUGCAGAUUGUUAAAUCCACACAAGUGUCAUCUUCAGUCCUCACCAACCGAACAACCGGGGUUAAAAAAAAAAAAAAAAAAAAAAAUCUCUUUUGGCUUCAGGUGCGUUGACGCGGCGUGGACCUGUUGAUUCAUUUUGCCUCGAAUCCCUCAAACUUUUGGAUAAACUCGUGCACACUUUGCGGGACAUCUGGAAGGAAGGAGAUGCGGAGAGAGAGAGAGAGACAGAGAGAGAGAGAGAGAGAGAGCAGUCUGGCCAACACUGAGAGCAUGAUCUGACCCCGUGUAAACCCCAAUGACCACCUCUCCCUCUCUCAAACACACGUGAAACAGCAGCACCGCGUCCAUGUCCAUGCUCGAGCCGGCAUGACCCCUGUCCGGCGGUUUGUCGGAUACUUGUCAGCUCAUUUUACGUGACCGCAUGGAGCCUGAGGGGCUGUGGAAGUAGUGCUUCGUCCAUAUGCUUUCUGCGGAAUAGUUGGUGCAACACGUUGUGAAGCAAACACAGGCUUGCCGUGCACACUUUGGAGAGAGCUACGAUGCGGGGCACUUUGGGCGCAUUCAUUCAGUCCUGUCUGUUGCUGCUGGUCCGAGCAGACCAGUGGAGGUUGAGGGACUCCGCCAACUGCGAGUUAAACAGGAAACAAACUGAUCUAAACUCCUUCCUGUGGACGAUCAAACGGGAUCCUCCCUCAUAUUUCUAUGGUACAAUCCACGUUCCCUACACACGUGUUUGGGACUUCAUUCCUGAAAACUCCAAGCAGGCCUUCCAGGAGAGUAACAUUGUCUACUUUGAGCUGGACCUGACAGACCCUUACACCAUCUCAGCCCUGACCAGCUGUCAGCUGCUUCCCCAGGGUGAAAACCUGCAGGACGUCCUGCCCAGAGACAUCUAUCGGAGACUUAAAAGGCACCUUGAGUAUGUAAAACUCAUGAUGCCUUCGUGGAUGACGCCAGAUCAGAGAGGGAAGGGACUCUACGCAGACUACCUCUUCAAUGCCAUCGCUGGGAACUGGGAGAGGAAGCGACCAGUUUGGGUAAUGCUGAUGGUGAAUUCAUUAACUGAGGCAGAUAUUAAGACGAGAGGGGUGCCAGUGCUGGACCUGUACCUGGCCCAGGAGGCAGAGAGGAUGAGGAAGAGGACGGGGGCUGUCGAGAAGGUGGAGGAACAGUGCCAUCCACUCAAUGGGCUCAACUUCUCCCAGGUCAUCUUCGCCCUGAACCAGACGUUGUUACAGCAGGAGUCUUUGAGGGCGGGAAGCCUACAGGUUCCAUACACCACUGAAGACCUCAUCAGGCACUACAACUGUGGGGAUCUCAACUCCAUCAUCUUUAAUCACGACACCUCACAGGUUCCUAACUUCAACAAUGUGACGCUGCCACCCAGUGAGCAGGUGACCGCCCAGGAAAUAGAUAGCUACUUCCGACAGGAACUCAUCUACAAAAGGAAUGAGAGGAUGGGCAAGAGGGUCAAGGCCCUGCUGGAGGAAAACCCUGACAAGAGCUUCUUCUUCGCCUUCGGAGCAGGUCACUUUCUCGGCAACAAUACAGUCAUUGAUGUGCUCCGUCGCCAGGGAUACGAGGUGGAGCACACCCCUGCUGGGCAGCCCAUAAACAGGAGAUCAUCAUCUAGACCAGAGUCUGAGGACCACUAUGAUGAGUCCCCUCUCCUGGAGCCUUUCCUCCAUGAGCUCCCCCACAAAGAGGAGGAUCAGGGGCGUCCCCUGGAGGAGGAUCUGUUACCCCACAUGUUCCUGCCGCCAGAUAGUCUGGAGCUGCUGGAAAAAGCGGAGAGGAAAAUGCUGAAGAAGAAGAGGAGGAACAAGCAGAAGAAGCAGCGGCACCGACAUUUUAACGACCUCUGGGUUCGCAUCGAGGAGAGCACUAUGGUCCAGUCCCCGCCUCCCCCGCUGGUUCGCAUCAUCAAUGGUUACAUCACAGUGCAGCCACCUGACAGAGUCCACAGCCACUACAACCACAACCACCACUUACCGUCAGCAUCACCCUCCUCCUCCUCGCCCUCAUCGUCUUUGCUUGUCUUCCUCUGCACAUUGCUCACAGCGAUCCCACAGACCUGGAGUGUGUUCCUUUAGUAGAUUUCUUUUUUUUUUUUUUUUUUUGGACUCUAUGAAAACAGUCAACCUUCUUGAGUAAAAACUCUCACUUACAGGGUUUCAUGUAUCAGCUCAUGAGAGCUAGAGGAGGCUGCAAAGAGUUCAGUGACUCUCAGACUGUUCAUGAAAAAGCAUGGAGAAAGGAUAUGAAAUCUACUCUAGCUGUCAGGUAACAGUACACUCCACGGAUGUUAGGUCAGAUAAAGUCUGUGAAUGGUAAAUCAUGUCAAUAGAGCAUGUCUCUUACAAAUUGAGGCCUUGAUGAGCAUGUAAGUUCAUACACUGCAAGGUUUGUUAGACCAUAAAGGGUUCAUAAGGUUUCGGUUAUUUUACAUACGCAGCAGGAGCGAGUGCACGGAACGCAGCAUGGAAGAAAAGUGAAAGAUCUCAAGCAGGAAGUAUUAUCGGACAUCUAACGGACAUUAUAUAACAUAUCAGCUCCCUUAUGGAUUACAGCGUUACACUAGACACUCAUCAUUCAUCAUUCAGGGCCUCUGAGAGAAAAAGCCCUCGCUCAAGUGACUGUUCCGUGAAAGGACACGAGGACGUCAUUAAAAGCAUUGCUGAAUAUCAAAUACCUUCAAUAAGCAGAACUGGAACCAUAUGUCCUUUGUGUCCAUAUGUGUGUGUGUGUGUGUGUGUGUGUGUGUGUGUGUGUGUGUGUGUGUGUGUGUGUGUGUGUGUGUGUGUGUGUGUGUGUGUGUGUGUGUGUGUGUGUGUGUGUGUGUGUGUGUGUGUGUGUGUGUGUGAGAGAGAGAGAGAGAGAGAGAGACAUAAUCUAUCAGCUCUUAACCCCCCUGGCCUUACAAACAGGUGUUCCUCUUCAGAACUUAAUAUAUUCUUCCAUUUUAGAAGAAUGUUGCAUGAAAGGGGGAAAAUUGUACAUAUUGUUUCUAAAUAUUAUAGAUGUAUUUUAGAAUUAUAAAAAAAAAAGAAAAUUAUCAAAGGUUUGUUGUUGUUUAUAUAAAUAUAUAAAUAGAUAUGCAGUAUAUUUUUUGAAAAGAAAUCAGGAACUAACCACCAUAGCCCACAUCAUGUGUCUCACUGAAAUAAACUUUUUGGAAGGGACAGGUGAUUGUAUUGUACUAUACUGUAUGUAUCAGUGUUAUCACUCGCUUUGCUGUAUGUGUUUGCUGAAAGGAUUCAUGUUAAUAUGUGUGUAUUAUUUUACAUAGAGACCAUUUGAUUAAUUUAUUUAACUACUAUAGAUUUGCUGUAGACCAUAUGAAAUAUUCCCUGUUUUUUUUGGGGGUUUUUUGUUUUUUGUCACCAUGAUGUCCAAAUGUGUUAUUUCAAAUGUUUUCAAGUAUAAUUUCAAAUACAUAUGAAGGUAAUAAUACUUCUGUUUUAAAUACACAAAGCUGUCUACACAGAUAGAUCACAUGCAGCAUUGUGCUUUAGGCCUUUCACAUUUCACAUAUGGCAUGAAAUAACUGUAAUAGUAUUACCAUGACAACAAUAAAAUAUUUAUCUAGA